GUUUGUUUGUGGCAAUCACUCUACAGAACAAGAUGGCAUCUUGGAAUUUCCUUCUGGGGUUUCUGCUGUAUCACACUUUCCAGUCAGCCUUGACACAGCUGCCUUCACAACCUGAGAGCUGCUCUGGCCAAAGCCAGAAAAUCUCCCUCAGCCACUCCUACAAGAUCGAUGUCCCUAAGUCCUCUCAAAUCAAGGUGGAGCCAGACCCUCUGCCUCUUCAAGAUGACAGCCACACACUGCUGGUUGGCGGCGAAACAGAUGAGGAGCAAAAUAUUAUAUUCAGGCACAACAUUCGGCUGCAGACACCCAAAGGGGACUGUGAAGUCUUAAGCCAGCUCAAGGCCUUGUUGGACAGGAUGGUGAAGAUGGAGAUAGAAGUGGUACACCUGAGGGAGAUCUGUAGUCCUCAGAAAUGCUGUGGGAGAAGCCAAGGGGUCUCUUCUUGUAGCGGCCAUGGGACUUUCAGCCAAGAGCUUUGUAGCUGCCGAUGUGACGAAGGCUGGGAAGGCGAGGACUGUUCCCGCGCUACCUGCCCAGGGAAUUGCAACGGCAAUGGGCGCUGCAUUGCUGGUUACUGCGUUUGCAAUGCACGUUACAGUGGUGAAGAUUGCAGCCAGCUCCUGUGUCCUGGGAACUGCAAUGGAAAUGGGAUCUGCAUCAAUGGGGUCUGCCAGUGCUACAAGGAAUACAUUGGGGAUGACUGCUCCGAGAAGAGGUGCCCCAAUGACUGCAGUGGCAACGGAUACUGUGAUAAUGGGGAGUGCUACUGUGAGGAUGGCUUCAUUGGACUUGACUGCUCCAAAGUGAUCGCCCCUUGGAAUGCACGGCUCCUUAAAUCCUCAGAGGAUUCUCUGACUAUUGGCUGGGAUAAGAUUACAGAUGUGGAUUAUUACCUCAUCAGCUACUUUCCUGUUGGGCACGAAGCAUCCGUGAAGCAAGUGCGAGUGCCCAAUGAUCAGCUCAGCUAUGAGAUUUUAAAUCUUCUUUCUGGCACAAAGUAUGUCAUCACAAUUCACCACGUGAAGAAGGGGGUUUCCAGUGACCCGAGCCUUCUGCAAGCCAGCACAGUUGUGGCCACCAUUGAUGCUAUUUGGGUGACCGAAGCGACAGAGAAUUCCCUGGAAGUGGAGUGGGAGAAUCCUGCAACAGAGGUGGAUUAUUACAAGCUGAGAGUCAGUUCGGUACAUGGAUUCGGGGAGGAGAAGGAGGUAUUGGUCCCCAAAAGCAGUGACCCCAAGAGCAGGUACAUCAUCACAGGCCUGAUACCAGGAACACAGUACAAGAUCACAGUGAUAUCCAUGAAGAAUGAGAUCGAAGGGAAACCAUCAUCUGUCAAUGGCUGGACAGAAAUCGAUGGCCCGUCUAAUCUGGUAACCAACCAUGUAACAGAAGACACAGCCACCAUAUCUUGGCAUGGGCCCCAGGCUCCCAUAGAAAGAUACAUCGUGACCUAUACUUCAGCUGAUGGGGACACCAAAGAGAUGUCUGUCGGGAAGGACAAGACAACCACUACCUUAAUGGGACUGAAGCCAGGCAUGGAAUACACCAUCUACAUCUGGGCUGUGAAGGGAGCCCAGCAAAGCCGGAAGGCCAGCACUAGAGCCCUAACAGAAAUGGAUAGCCCUACGAACCUGAUGACAGACCAAACUACUGAGAACUCAGCCACCAUCUCCUGGAAGAAGCCCUUGGCCGUCAUAGACCGAUACAUACUGAGCUAUACCUCUGCUGAUGGGGAAACCAGAGAGAUCGCAAUUGGGAAGGAUAAGACCAGCACCACCUUGACUGGCUUGAAGCCAGGCAUGGAAUAUGUCAUCUACAUCUGGGCCUUGAAGGGAACUAAGUCAAGCAAGAGGAUAAGCACAAAAGCUGUGACGGAAAUUGACCCGCCGCGGAAUGUCCAUGUAUCAGAUGUGACUCAGUCCAGCGCAGUGGUGACAUGGAUGCCACCUGAUGCUCAGAUUAAUGGGUAUCUCCUCACUUAUCAAGAGCAAGAUGGAACCAUCAGGGAAGUCCGGCUAGGUCCCAAUGAACAAAAGUUUGUGUUAGAAGGCCUGAGUCGGGGUACUAAAUAUACCAUUUAUAUCAUGGCCUUUAAGGGAGACCGCUGGAGCAGAAAAGCAGCCAUUGCCUUUUCCACGGUCAGCUUACUGUAUCCCUACCCUGCCGACUGCAGCCAGACCCAGCAAAAUGGGCAUUCCACAAACGGCAUGUACACCAUCUAUAUCGACGGUGACCUCAACAGGCCCUUCCAAGUGUACUGCGACAUGACCACUGAUGGCGGUGGAUGGAUAGUGUUUCAGCGCCGAAACACGGGGCAGCUAGAUUUCUUUAAACGCUGGAGGAACUAUGCUGAAGGCUUUGGAGAUCCUAGAGAGGAAUUUUGGCUUGGCCUGGAAAAGCUUCAUGAACUUACUGGCAAUGCUCCCAUCCCAUUUGAGCUGAGGGUGGAUUUGCAUACCCACAACGAUUCUGCCUACGCCAAAUAUGACCUCUUCCGGGUGGGCUCCAGCAGGGAGAGGUACAGGCUGUCAGUAGGAAACUACAGAGGCAGUGCCGGGGAUGCUAUGACUUACCACAAUGAGAGGAAAUUUACCACCUGGGACAGAGACAACGACAUUGCCAUCAGCAACUGUGCAAUCACACACCACGGAGGCUGGUGGUACAAGAACUGCCAUUUGGCGAACCUCAAUGGUAAAUAUGGAGAUGACAGACAUAGCGAGGGAGUUAAUUGGGAGCCAUGGAAAGGCCAUUUAUACUCCAUCCCUCGCACCGAGAUGAAGAUACGGCCGCGGUCACACAGCUUUGACUCAGUCCUGGGCCGGAAGAGGAGAUCUCUGGCAGAGAAGAGGAAAGAGAUGAGCAUUUAGAUUUGUUUUCUGCAAAUGCUGUGCUUGUGAAGCCAAGCACAGGAACCUAUUAGCAUGUAACAAGCGCAUUUAUAACCACAAGCAACUGGCUUGCGUCCGCCUCAAAGAAACCUUCCUGUUUAAUUAGGUGGGAUCACUUGACCAACAUGUCAGAGAAGAGGCUGGUGAGAACUAAGGGCCAGUUCAUAUAGUACAGUCGUGUAUUGUAGCUCCCAUUUGCCUCUUGUUCUACCAGCCACGACAAGCAUUGGUGGCUGGAGAGCCCUGUUCCAAUUAUU